GUUUUUCUUUCCAAAUUCCUUUACAACUAUCUAGCUUCCUCUUCAUCCUUAGUUGAAUUUUUUGAUCUUAGUUAACAAUCUUGGGCUAGCAGAAGGUUUUCUAAUUAUACUUUUUUUAUGCUAUUCUCUAUAUAGUAUCAGAGCCAUAGCCACACACUGAUUUCUUGGUUUUAAUUCAAGAUUAGGUUAGUGAAAAAUUCAACUGGUUUCUCUAUAUGAAUUUCAACGGUCGUGCUAACGGAUUGGGGAUGAAAUUGCUGAACCAAUCCAAUUACAAGGUAUGGAGAACAUGUAUGGAAUCAUACAUUGUGGGAGAGGAUUUGUGGGAUGCUGUUAAUGGGAAUGACACAAGUCCUCCUGCUGACGUACCAAAAAAUAGUAGUGCAUUGAAGAAGUGGAAGCAGAUUAAUGCUAAGGCGGAGUUUGUCUUGAAGAGGUCAAUAUCCUCUAAUUUAUUUGAUCAUAUUAUAAGGUGCAAAUCAGCUCAUGAAAUAAGGAGGACCCUUGACCAGCUCUUCAACAAGAAGAAUGAAGCUCGGCUACAAAUAUUGGAGAAUGAAUUGGCUAACACCAUUCAAGGUAAUCUCUCUAUAGUUGAGUAUUUUUUAAAGAUUAAGAACUUAUGUUCUGAGAUAUCUUUAUUGAAUCCGGAGGAGGCUAUCUUUGAAGCACGAAUAAAAACAAAUAUUAUUCGUGGUUUGAAAUCAGAAUAUAUUCCCUUUGUUACAUCGAUUCAAGGAUGGGCUCAACAACCAUCCUUGGAGGAGUUUGAGAAUCUGUUGUCCUCAGAGGAACUAGCAAAGCAAAUGGCUGGGGUAUCAAUCAAAAAAGGGGAAGAAAAUGCUCUUGUAUCUAACAAGAGUAAAUUUAAAAGAAAAACGGUAAGAGAUAGGCCACAAUCUCAAUUCCAAAAAGGUUCAAUUUCGCUAGGAAAGGAGGGAGAGUACUAAUAACUAUAAGACUCUCAAAUGUUAUUGGUGUGGCAAAAUCGGACACAUAAAAAAGAUUUUGUCGAACCAAGGAAAGCAAUAUGGCUCAAACUAAAAAAGUUGAUGAAGAAGAAGAAGACUGGGAAAAGUGUUUCGUAGCCGAGACUGGAGCAAUAGAUGCAAUGACAUCUAUUAAUUUUGAAAGAGACUGGAUCAUGGAUUCAGGAUGUGGGCAUUAUCUUACUGGAGAUGAAUCUAAAUUUUCCAACUUUCACAAAUACAAUGAUGGUGAUGUCAUUGUAAUAGCAGAUAAUACAAUUCAUCAAGUGGAGAGGGAAGAGACGGUCGUCAUUAAUGAGAACAAGGAAGACUCUAUCACUCUCAAUAGUGUGUUCCAUGUUCCAGGGAUGAGGAAAAAUCUAUUUUUCGUUGCAAAUGCCGUAGAUGCAGGAAGUUAUCUCCUAUUUGGACCACAUGAUGUGAAGUUCCUUUGAAAUAUCAAAGAACUCAAGGCAAAUGUCAUUUAUACCGGUAAGAGAGUGAAUGAUCUAUACGUUUUUUCUGCCUCUAAUUCAUAUAUUGAGAAGAUGAGUAGCAAUGAUACUGCAUAUCCAUGGCAUGCUACACUUGGGCAUCUUAACAUGGAAAAUUAAAAGCCAUGGUAAAAUUGAAUCUAGUAAAAGGAUUGCCUAACUCAAGCAACUUUUGUGGAGGAGAGAUUUGUGAAGGAUGUCAAUACGAAAAGGCACAUCGUCUUCCGUUUGAUAAAUCCGUGUCAAGAUGCAUUGCUCCACUAGAGCUAAUUCAUAUUGAUUUGAUGGGGCCAAUUUCAUUCUCCGGUUGUUCUUAUAUGCUAAUUUUUAUUGAUGACUUUACAAGGUUCACAUGGGUUUUAUUUUAUGAAGCACAAGUCAGAAGUUCUUAACAAGUUAUGGAAUUCAAGGAAACUAUUGAAGGCGAGCUUGGCUCAAAAAUAAGGAGGUUGUGAACAGAUAAUGAUGGUGAAUACACUUCUGAAGAGCUUCUCUCUUUUUGUCAUCAAUAUGGCAUUAAAAGAGAGCUUAUUUGUGCUGAUACGCCACAACAAAAUGGAGUGGCAGAAAGAAAGAUCCGACACCUAACGGAGACAAGUAAAAGCUCGCUUCAUGCCUAAAAUUUACCUAGAGCCCUGUGGGCUGAAGGUAUGAAAUGUGCAGCUUAUGUGAUCAACAGGAUGCCACUUUCUCCAAACAACAUGAAGUCUCUCUAUGAAUUAAUGUUUGGAGAGAAGCCUAAUAUCAAAAAUCUAAGAGUUUUUGGAUCUAUCUGCUAUGUUCAUAUCCCUGAUUCUCAACGGAGCAAGUUGGAUCCCAAGGCAAGAAAAUGCAUCUUUGUUUGAUACGAUGAAAGGAAAAAGGGUCGGAAGUGCAUGGAUCCAAAAAUUCAUCAUUUUGUUGUUUCCAUGGAUGUCGUAUUUGAUGUAACAUCCCUGUAUUAUGGAGUUACAUCAAAAGAAGAGGGUUCUAAAAUAUUGAACCCUGGAGUUUCAAACUUGCCAAUUACAAGUGCUUCUCCAGAUAAUACAAUUGUUGAGGAGCUAAGCGAAAGGGGGAGCCCAGAAACUCAACAAUGUAAAACUUAACCAGAAUAUGAUGUAUUUGUUUCACAAA